UUACUAUGACAGUGCCAUGAAGGAAUUGGAUUGCUUAGUUUACAAUAUUGGAAAAUAUGAAAAGAAUGAGUCACAUUGCGUCAUUGGAAAAGAAAUUUUCGUUGAAACGUAAUAAGAUACUUAUGAGUGAUAGGGAAGUUUCUUGUUUCGUUGGUUGCUUUGGAGCAAAGCCUUCUCUCAAGUAUAAAAUACACAAUAAUACAAGUCGACUCGGUGGAAGGACCCUUUCUGGAUACUCCAAUCAUAGCAGGCCAAUUGAAACUUGUUUUCAGAAACUUGCUUCAACGUUUCAUGUUGGUAGGACAUCUUGUCACCUCCGUACUUUGGUUGCAAGUCCACCAGGAGAUCAAUUGAAUUUAUUUAACGAAGCAGUUGUAGGUGACCACAAAGUAGUUGGUUUUAUGUUCCUGCACAAGGGUUCAGUACUCUGUUUAGACACACCGUCUACGGACUCGUCACUCUUUGUUAACCUUGGUGACAUUCCCUCCAUAGAAAGAUGUCUUCGUUGGUUAGAUUUGACACAUAUUAUUGUAGACUUGCAUUCAGGAAUGAGUAACUCUGUUGAAAAUUGUGAAGAAUACAUCUCCAACUUGGUUACUGCAGCAAAAAAUUGUCAGAUGCGUUUGAUUCUGUUGAGUUCGAUAGGUGCUGGAGAUAGUGCUUGUGUAGUUCCUUCCGAGAUUGCACCAGUCAUCAGACAGCAGUUGAAAACACAGACGCAUGUGGAACAUUUAGUUAGAAAUAGUGGAAUUGUACAUACUAUUUUACGAAUCGGCCCUUUGGAAGAACGUUUGAAAACGGGUCAAGCAAUAGUAACAGAAUCACCCAAGGGAUACGGUAGCAUUUCCAAGCAGGACUUGGUUGACAUUAUUUUCAAAACGUUGACUUCGAAACAUGCUGAAAAUAGGACGCUGAGCUGCUUGGAUUCCCAAAGAACAUUUCAAAUGUCUCCCUAUAUGCGUCCCUUGGAAUUUUGGGAACCAUUGCCUUUUGAACUCUUUGAACUGUAAAUUACUUUCGAGUUGUCGAGAGAAGUCUUUUGACUUUUCCUUGGUAACAUCGCUCAGAUAAUUAUAAAUAUAAUCAAUCGGAAAUGAGGCAUCGAAUAACCAUUUUUGACUCCAAUUGAUUCGUUGUUACAAUGAUAAACUACGUUACUUUAUCGCAAGCUCACUCAUUUGUUUAUG